AUGGAAAUGGUUGCAAAGAAGGAUGCCAUUGUUUUCAUACUUCGGAAUGCACAUCUAUAUCAUGUACGUGUGCUGAUGGGUGGAAGGGAAAUGGUUGCAAUGAAGAAUGCCCUUCUGGCAAAUUUGGUUAUGAUUGUCAGAAGUCAUGUCAUUGUGCUGACAAUUCCAAAAAGACACGGGCGAUGUCCUGAUGGAAAAUGUGAGCAUGGAUACACAGGAGAUAAAUGCCAAACACCAUGUCCACGUGGACGUAAUGGAACAUUUUGCAAAGAAGGAUGCCAUUGUAGUGAUCUUAGGUACUGCACAUCUACAUCAUGUACCUGUGCUGCUGGAUGGAUGGGAAAAGGUUGUAAUGAAGAAUGUCCUUCUGGCGAAUUUGGUUAUUACUGUCAAGAGACAUGUCAUUGUGCUGACAAUUCCAAAUGUAAUAAAACAGACGGGCGAUGUCCUGAUGGAAAAUGUGAACUUGGAUACACAGGAGAUAACUGCCAAACACCAUGUCCACGUGGACGUAAUGGAACAUUUUGCAAAGAAGGAUGCCAUUGUAGUGAUCUUAGGUACUGCACAUCUAUAUCAUGUCCCUGUGCUGCUGGAUGGAUGGGAUAUGGUUGCAAUAAAGAAUGUCCUUCUGGCAAAUUUGGAUAUUAUUGUCAAGGGACAUGUCAUUGUGUUGACAAUACCAAAUGUAAUAAAACAGACGGGCGAUGUCCUGAUGGAAAAUGUAGACCUGGAUACCGAGGAGAUAAAUGCCAAACACGAUGUCCACGUGGACGUUAUGGAAAUGGUUGCAGAGAAGGAUGCCAUUGCAGAGAUCUUAUAUACUGCAAAUACCAGAGUUGUGGUGGAUGUGCUGAUGGAUGGAUGGGAAAUGGUUGCAAUGAAGCAUGUCCACAUGGACGUAAUGGAACAUCUUGCAGAAAAGGAUGCCAUUGUAAAUAUCCUGGGUACUGCACAUCUAUAUCAUGUACCUGUGCUGCUGGAUGGAUGGGAAAUGGUUGCAAUGAAGCAUGUUCAUAUGGACGUAAUGGAACAUCUUGCAGAAAAGGUUGCCAUUGUAAAUAUCCUGAGUACUGCACAUCUACAUCAUGUAUCUGUGCUGAUGGAUGGAUGGGAAAUGGUUGCAAUGAAGAAUGUGAUGAUGGCACUUUUGGUGAUGGUUGUCAGUUAAAAUGUCAUUGUGCAGAUGAUUUGCAAUGCAGACACAUUGAUGGCAAAUGUCUGGAUGGUAAAUGUGCAGUUGGAUACAAGGGAGAGAACUGUCAACAAGUUGACCUAAACUUAAUUCUGCCAAUUGCAUUGGUUCCUCUUCUGGUAAUUUUUAUUAUCAUUGCACUUGUGAUUUACUUCAGAAGGAAAAAUUCAAAGAGAAGAAAUCAUCAAGUGAAAGAACCAUCUGGAAACAUUAUUCCCAUGGAAACAGGCAUUUUACAAGAGACCAAUCCAGAAAUCCUCAGAGAAGGAUAUAUUCAGGCUGAAAAUGUUUACCAAAACGUGGUUGUAUUGACAAAAGACAAUUUCUUGUCUUAUGUUCAGCAAAAGAAAAUGGAAGAAGAUCCAUUUUCAGAUGAUUUUUUGAACCUUGACAAGCAUGCUGAAUAUUCAUGUGAAACUGGCAAAUUAUCUGAAAACAUUCGUAAGAAUCGUUAUAAAACAUUAUUACCCUAUGAUUAUUCCCGUGUUGUUUUGCACAGUGAUGGAACAUCAAGUGCAGAUUAUAUUAAUGCCAGUUACAUCAAUGUAGGAGACAAUUACAUUGCAACACAAGGACCUUUGGAAGGAACAAUCGAGGAUUUUUGGAAGAUGAUUUGGCAAGAAAAAUGCAACACAAUUGUUAUGUUAACUGAAAUUAUGGAAAAUGGAAAGUUGAAAUGCUGUGUCUACUGGCCAAAACUGAAUGAAAUAGAAAAUCAUGGAAAAUUUCAAAUCCAAUGUGUUCAAGAGAAACAUUCCAUGGUCUAUAUUUACCGAAUUCUGGCAAUCAAGAAGUUAUUUCUUCUCUAUUUUUUAAUUAAUUUUACGUUUUACUUUUUCCUUGUUAAAUCUAUUUUCUUCCCGUGCCCACACCCUGGAGUUUAUCUGUUUAUUUUUUUUCUCGUCCGACCUUUUUCUUCUCCUUUUUUUUUUUAUUUAUCUAUUUGUUUUUAUUUUUAUUAG